UGACGCUUCCUCGUGUCGAUGCCCAGUUGUGGGCAAACGGCCCCUCUUCUCUCCGCCGCCCGCCCGCCCGGUCGUGUCGUGUCGUGGGCGACCCCACGCCAGCGUUACUUUGGAGGAUGCUCCUGUGGAAGACGUGCGCGCGCGCGCCAUGGAAAGGCGCCUUUUAGAAAUGUAGCCGUCGUGCGGAGCGGCCGUGUUCCUGGGAUAUGGAGCGAUGUCGAAAUUGGAGCUGUUUUUGAGCAGACGUGGUGCAUUUGUAACGUACGGCCACGCAUAGCAGCCCGACGGAGCGCGGCGCGGCGCCUGCAGCGGAGUCUGUGUGAAGAGGGCGACGGCGUUUUCCUUCAGCGGGGAUGGCUGCGAGGUCGUGUUUGGCAGUGAGCAGCUGAGGUCUGCUUGGUCUCCUCAUCUGGCUGAGAGCAUGUACAGGAGGAAUGGGCUCCCUGCCAGUGUCAGCAUCACCUCCGCCACUACCCAGGACAGCAGUAGUUCUGAGUCUCUGGAUGGGCGGAGUCUGGACUCUGCUAAGAGCUAUGACGCGGUGGUGUUUGACGUGCUCAAAGUGACACCUGAGGAGUUCGCUGGCCAGAUCACUUUGAUGGAUGCACCUGUAUUCAAAGCAAUACAGCCUGAGGAGCUGGCCAGCUGUGGAUGGAACAAGAAGGAGAAGCACAGCCUUGCACCUAAUGUAGUUGCCUUCACUCGGAGGUUCAACCAGGUCAGUUUCUGGGCAGUGAGAGAGAUAUUGACAGCGCAGACUCUGAAGAUCCGAGCCGAAAUAUUAGGUCACUUCAUCAAAAUAGCAAAGAAGCUGCUAGAACUGAAUAACCUGCACUCUCUGGUGUCAGUGGUGUCAGCCUUACAGAGUGCACCCAUCUUCAGGCUCAGUAAGACCUGGGCGCUGAUCAGCCGAAAGGAUAAGGCCACUUUUGAGAAGCUGGACUUCCUGACAUCAAAGGAGGAGAACUAUACCCGUAUGAGAGAGUACAUCAGGUCCCUCAAAAUGGCCCCAUGCAUCCCUUACCUGGGAAUUUACCUGUUUGAUAUGACCUACAUCGACUCUGCCUACCCAGCCACUGAAAGCAUCAUAGAGACCGAGCAGAGGGCCAAUCAAAUGAACAACCUUCUCCGUAUCAUCUCUGACCUGCAGAUGUCCUGCAACUAUGAUCACUUGCUGACAUUACCACAUGUGCAGAAAUACUUGAUGUCAGUGCGCUACAUUGAGGAACUGCAGAAGUUUGUGGAGGAUGACAAUUAUACGCUGUCUCUGAGGAUUGAACCUGGAAACAGUUCACCUCGCCUGGUAUCUUCCAAAGAAGACCUUGGAGGACCGUCUGAGGAGUCUGUCUCAGUGAGGUACAAUCGGAGACCAACAUGUCCUGAUACAUCAGUUGUAGCCCACCUGCCUACCCCACCUCCUGCUCGGCACAGGAAGAGCCACAGCCUGGGCAAUAAUAUGAUGUGCCAGUUUGGAGUGGUAGAGAGUAAGAGUGCCACUUUUUCUGCGAAGGAGAAAGCGCGUCACCUGCUGGACGACAGCUUCUUAGAGUCCCACAGCCCUGUGAGGAACCACACUCACGACUCCGUCUUCACCAACGGCAUCUCAUUAGGCAGUAGAGAAAGCUCCUUUAGUGACGAGUUAUCAUCUACUGUUGAAAGGGGCCGUAUGUAUGCUACACUGGGCCCAAACUGGAGGGUUCCUGUACGUAACUCUCCCAGAAGCAGAAGCUAUGUUUACAGUGCCUCAGGUGCGGUGUCAAGUUAUGAGUGCAGCUCACUGAGCAGCAUCACUAUCGAAGGGCCCCUACGAAGGAAAACAGUGAUGAAAGAGGGCAAGAAACCUACACUUUCGUCAUGGAAACGCUACUGGAUUGUUCUGUCUGGUUCCACUCUUAUCUACUUUGGCUCUAAAGCUUUAAGAGCAAAUGAAAGGAGACAUUACAAAUCCAGGCCCUGUAAGAAGAUCUCAUUAACAGGCUGGAUAGUGGUGCUGCCGGAUGACCCUGAGCAUCCAAAUAUUUUCCAGCUCAAUGACCCUGAUAAAGGUAAUGUUUACAAGUUCCAGACUGGAUCGCGCUUCUCUGCAAUCAUCUGGCACAAACACUUAGCUGAGGCCUGCAGGUGUAUAAGACCACAGAUACCAGCCAACUUAAUGUCUUUUGAAUAGCUGCCAGCUGCAGAGGGACAAAAAAGGAGCAGUCCUGAAGCGCUACAAGAGGAAAUGAACAAUGAGAAAGUUGAUCUAUAGUGUUACAUUGUACAACAUGUGGCCACACAAACAACCCUGUUGAUCAGGGACCAGUAUUUAUGGGCUUUUGCUUUGUGUUAAUCAACGGAAGGGUUAUGUGCAAUUUGGGGGGUCUUACUGAAAACGUGCCGAAGAAGAACAGGGGAGACAUGAAGGACACUAAUGACACCAACACUUCAGGAAACUUCAGAGGGUGGUGGUCAGAGAAAAUCCACCACAUCUCAACUGUGCAGGAAUCUGAAAUGAGCCCACUUGGGCUCCACUACUCCGACGAAGCUGUUAAAAAACGUGCAAGGUUUUAAUUAAAGCAGAUUUGGACAAUUUAGGAUCCUUGUCCAGACCUAAUCAAAGGAAACGGCAAAAGAAAGAUGUUUUUGACCACAGCAAGGGGAAGUACUGAUGCCAGUUGUCAAGGUCAGUCUUGCCAGGAAAAAGCUUAAUCACAAACUCUUUUUUCUGGACUGUUAGAACACAUUAUGGGCGGCUGGCACCAAAAAUGAUGCGUCACUCUUAUUCAGUAUUGUACAUGCAUUAUGCUGUAUGUGAAAGGUGUCAAAAAUGAAAUGUACAAAUACCAUCCUAUUUAUGUUUAAUGUGAACAAGUGCCAAAAUGAUGAUAUUUGUAUGAUUAUAAAUGUUAUUAUUUUUAUGUUAUAUAUUAUUUUGACUCCAUGUGAUUUUCUGUGAGUUAAAAAGAAGCACUUAGAAAGUAUAGAAAGUAAUAAAAAGUAAGCUGGAACAGUUAGAUGUCCUACUAUAGAGCAGAAAGGCUAGAUAAUUACUUAUAUUAAGCAUGUUCUUGAUUGGCAAGCCCUCAAUAUUUAUAAAAAGACUAAACACAGAAAAUGGUAUAGCUGUACUAAUAAGCUAACCUCAAGUUCCCCCCAUAGUUUCUCUGUUGGUGGUAAGUGCAGUCGGUUUUGGAUAAGUCCUAAUCUUGUGUAAAUUGCUGUACAUUGCAAGGUGCUUUUAUUUUCACAAUAUUGUGACAACACAAUCGGUGUUCAUCAGUCCGUCCCUUCUUUAAAGUGAAUUCCACGCAUUUUUUUAAAAUGUCUGCAUUUUGAACUGGUUGAAAUGUAAACAAUGUCACUCAGAGUAGUUUGAUAAGAAACAUACUGUUCUAGAGAAACAUGCCAGUCAGAAUAGUUUGAUGGUGGUGAUAUGAACUACACAUCUGUUUAAUGUCUCUAAAAGAAAAAUUUACUAGAAAAAUUGACAUUAAAUUUUUAGGGAUGGAGAAGCGGCUUAGAAAAUGGAUGGAUGGAUGGAUGGAUGUUAUGAACAUGUGAGAAAACGUUUUAUGGUAGCAUUGAAAGUCUUGGCCUAAUAAAUACGUAUACAUUAUACAUUAGAAUGAAAUUAUUAUCCACAAAAGAAAUUGGUUUUUAGGUUUUCUGCCCAACUCUGUGCAGUCUGGGAGUGACGCAGCACCACCAGCAGGGUAGGACGGUUUGGGGCAGUUGGGGGUGGAGGGGUGUUAUGUGCCUUGCCCAAGGGCGCAACAGGGAGCACCAAGCCAAUGCUGGGAUGUUAACCCACACCAUUCUGGUUGCUGGCUAAUCUCUGUGACUACCCUAAAGUGAAAAUAGUACUAGGUCUAGGUUCAGUCGUCAUAAUGGAUAGGAGGUAAAAUGGUUACACUACGACCCGUGGUUCCCAUCACCACCACUGUAAAGAAGAGAUCCUUGGAUGACUUUAUGAUUGAAUCAUGCAGAAUGUUUUGAAAAAUGUGAGGAAUUCCUCUUUUAAUUGCAUUUGUGGAAUACUAUUUGUAUUUGAUUACAAAGAGAGAGACUUGCUAGAACAAUGGUUUGUACAGAAAUCGGUCAUGUUAGUUAAAAACAAGCGACGCAACAAUGUCCAUGUCUAAUGAUCUGAAGCUCUGGACGAUCUUAGUAGGUUGCCGUGUCACUGUACAUUAGCAUAUUAUUUUCAAUCAUACACUAAUUACAAAGGUAAUUAGGAAACCGUUUACAUGCACAUCUGAACCACAGCAGUCAUUAAUGGCAGAACUUUUGUUACUUGAUUUUGUAUUCUGAAUCAGUUUAACAGCGACACAUCAUGCCCCCCUCACUACAACCUCACUGUAAGUAUUGCUAACUUCUCUUGUCCAAGAGGUGGUUUUUUAUUAUUUUUAUUCUUAUUUUUAUUCUUAUUUUAUUAUUUUUUUUCUUAUGCAUCUGAAGGUGAAUAUAGGGAGAAGCUUAUUUAUACCUCAGUUUAUAUGUGUUUUCCCUAAAAUUGGCAAAGACUAUACUACCAGAAGAUUCUUUACAGCCUGUGUGAUAUCACUGUAUCUUUGUAUGGUAACUUGAGCAUAUAUGAGUAAUUGCUGUUUCUUCUUCCUCUUCUUCCUCUGCGUUGUAUGUGUGCUUUGUAAAUACUCAUUUUGUUGUAAAUACUAACUUAUUCUGCUUUCCUUGUGUUUGGAGUUCAUAUCUUUAUAUAUGCUUAUAUAUGCAAAUAUGUAGGCACCAUUAAAGAUACAAUAAUAGACUGUUAA